CAGACGCUGACGUGCUGGAGAAGCUCCACAGCUCAUUCCUAAAGACUUCUGACACAGGAAAACUGCAACCUCGUGCAAACCGUUAACUGAGAGAAACACAACACGACUACACAGCUGUAGACACUUUAACCACAACUGCAAGACGGGAAACACUCGCACUGUGCGGACGAAAGAAAGUGGACACAUGAGGAGUGUUACAGGGGAUCUGAAAACUACUUGAACUCAGAACAGACAGAAACUCCCAACUGUGCCGCUUGCUUCAACAAGACAAGAAAACCUCGAACCAGCUAAUAUCUGCUUUAAAACAGGAUUUGAGAAGAAAACAGGCUCGCCCCUCCCUGAGGAACAUCUUUAAAUGAUGAAAAACUAGCAUGAGUCAGAAUGAGCACUUCAGAUGAAAUAAUGAAAACCCUCCACACCAUCGGGAGCAAACUGCAGGGUCUUUCUCAAGACCACCCGCUCAUCCAGGCAGCGUUUCUGAUCAUCAUUCUCUUCUUCUUGACGUUCAUAGCUCUGUUUGUUACCGGAUGUGUUUACGGCCGCUGUGGCUGCUGUCAAAGCACCAGAAACAAAGUGAGUGCUGUCUGAGGAGAUGAGACAAUCGAGAACAGACAAUACGGGCCAACAUACAGAUCCGGUUUGGAUGGCACACAACUGCUUGUGACCACUGUGAUAUCACACAUCACAGUGAUAAUUCUCAGGAAAGAUGUUGUACACACUGCCAAACUACACAAAUGAUGAUGCAAAUCGGAAGAGCUUAUCAAACAUCUAAUGGAGAAAUAUUUUUCUGAGUAUGCUGUCCAUUACAUUAUUAUCAUGGGUGGCACAAAUGUACCAUAUAUUAAACCUUUCCCAAUGUGGGAAUACAGAACACCGGAGUAAACCAAAAUCAUUUUGGUAAACCAAAAUGACAACGGGGUUAAAGCUGCCCCCUGGUGCUUGCUAUGAAAACUGCAGUCACAAGAUAGAUUUCAAGAAACAUGGACAUGCUCUCUGUACAUCUCUAACCUACAUCUGAUAUUCCAAAUAAUUGUAAAAGCAUUGCCUUGACACCAGUAUUGAACAAUAUUAAAGUGAGUUUAUGUAUGAGAGAGAACGACAUAUACAGAAACAUAGAAACAUGUGUGCAGAGGAAAUGAGAUAAAAGAGUAAAUUACACAAAACAUGCACUUUAGUUUUUUUCUAUAGGCCAUGUUCAAGGCAGAAAUAACAAGUGCUACACGGUUCUCUUCAUAUCAUCAACGGUGCUGUUUGGAUAAUACUGUAUCAAAAUAAGAAAAAUCUUUUUCUAUUUUUGAUGCGAGGAAGGUGAUUGGUCGAGAAGGAUAAAAGUAAAAAAAGAAAAAUGGCGGCCAAAACGCUGUUGGAGCAAAAUUUUGUAUAAGUGUAAAUUUAAUUUUAAGAAAUGAGUAUUGAAGUUUUUAGAUAUGUGAUUGGUUAAUGCCAAAAUAGACUUCCGUUACGCUCCCUAUGAAGCCGAGCUGCCUACGUACACAAAUGCUGCCUCUGAACAUUGUCGGCCGCUAUUCGUAACCACAGCGCUGCAAGAAUUUAUUUUUUACAAAAAAUUGCCAUUGUCAACUUUUUCUUGUUAAAAAAAAGAAGUAAAAUGUGAACACCGCCUUAAACGUAUGGAAACUCAUAAUUUGUUAAAGAUACAUUUCUAAUAAAACCUGUAAAACAUAUUUUGGACUCAAAAAAAGCUAAAUUUUAUUAUUUUCAAAGGUAAAUGUAUUUGUUGCAGUUUCUGUUUGCAUUUCAGGCUUACAUAUGAUACAUAAUCAUUAGUCUGUAGAUCCAGAAUUGAAAGUUUAGCUUGCGUGCGUGAACUCACCCUUCUUGUUCACAAAAAGCGACCAUAGUAUCAAAGUCCUGGAUGGGUGCCUUGUCCUGUUCUUUCUCUGAUCCUCGCUUCUCCUGCAAACAGUUUACAUAUAUUAUGACUUUUUUUAUUUACCAAUAAUAAACUAUUGCACACUAAGUAUUUAUGAAACUCCAUGUUGCUUCACGAUGAGAUUUUCACUUUGGGAUUCUUGAGGAAAAUAAAAUAAUGUCUUAAAGGAGCAAUUCUUUUCCUGUUUUAGAGGCUUUGAUCAUGUUUUUUGAGUGUUUAACAAUGUAUAUUCAUGUUUCUAAUAAAAAAACACUUUAUAUUUCA